AUGACUACUUAUGAAAGCAACAAUUUAGAACAUGCUAUUUUGCCAAACCUUUCUCAUGGUGUUCAUGAAAUAGUUUGCAUUACUUAUGAUGAAACUUUAUUUUAUACUAAUGAUGAACUUAGUAUUUAUGUUAGUGAUUUUAUUUGUGAAUCAAUUGGAUGUCUCAAACUUUCAGAGCAUGAUCAUCAUAUAAACAGUCUACUUCCUGAUGAUUCAUGUCUUAAACUUAAACAUACUAAAGCUUGUAUUACUAUAUAUCCAGGUUCAAAUCAGGAUGCACUGUUUAUGUUUGAUAAUAGCAGUAAUCAUAGUGCAUUUGCUAAUAAUGCACUGUUGGUUUUACGAAUAAAUAUAAAAGAUGGUACUAAAAUGCCACUUCUUCAUAAUGGUAUCAAGCUGGAUGGUCUUAUAAAACGGUAUAAUGCAUGUAAAAAAAAUAAGUCUGACUCUAAAAAUCCAAAAUGUUAUGCUAUAUAUAUUCUUUCUGCUCAAUCUGAUUUUGCAUCACAAAAACCACACAUACAAGAGAUAAUUGAAGCAGCUGGUUAUAUUUGUAAUUAUACCUUUAAAGAUCUUAAGAAAGCUGUUUCAAAAGCAUUAGACUCUGUUAAUUUAAUAAAAAUUCAUUGUUUUGCUCAUCAUUCUGAAUGCUUUAUGAGUGUCUAUAAACUUGAACUUUCCAGAAAGGCUGCUGCUUUUGCAGUAAAGAAAUAUUAUUCUCAUUGUUGA